AACACAUUUUCAUGGGCUUGUUAUGGAAGCAGGUUAUGUAGCUGUUCCCAAGCAGAGUAUGUGUUUUGAACAGACUGAUAAUUAAACAUUCACCAUGAAACUCAAUGGUACACUGAGUGAAGACCAGGUAGGCGAUACAUCUAAUAAUUUUCUGAAAAUGGAAUCAGCUUGCUCGCAUGAAAACUGUGAUAAUAGAUACAUUUCUGAUAAAAUGUUUGAAUUCUGUUUUCCAGAUUGAUAUUCUCUCCAUUGAGUACUUAGUGUUACUAACUCCCAGUGUGAUUGGGAGUUUUUCUGUUCUGGUGGUUUCUCUACUGAGAUGGAAGUAUCUAAAUGAACAGGUGCACCUGCUGGUGCAGCUUGCCCUGGCAGACCUCCUGGCUGCUGCCAUCGUGAUGUACACCAGUGCCAUGAACAAAGUUAGCACUGACAAGAGUGUAUUCAUUUGUCAAUACAGCCUACCGCUGUCACUGACAUUUUAUUUCAUUUCAUUUCUGCUGGUGGUUGUUUACGCAUGGAAGUCAAAGAGUGCAAUCCAAGGGUGGAGAGCAAGACCCACAGAGGAUGAGGGUGGACAGAGUCAGCGUAGAAUGAAAAUAUUCACUAUACCGGUGUACGCCUUCAUGUGGUUGAUCCCCAUUGCUGUAUAUUUAGCAUAUGUGCUAACUCGGGUCACAAAACCUGCUGAGCUGAUCCCAGAAUCUGACCCAUUAGACAAGAGGCUCAUCCGUAAUUAUAGCAAAUACUGCAACAGCUGUAUUUUGUUCUUGCACAUCUGGAGCGAUUCCUGCUCUGAUGCUGAGGGAGUCCAUGACAUUUUAAUCAGACUUUUUCUUUUCCUUGUUGUCAUACCAGUGAUGUUUUCUUGCUCUUUCAUUUACUAUAAGGUUAGUAAAUGGUAUGAAACACAUGAGCAGGGGGGACUUUUUCCUGUGGAGGGAGAUGGACGUUCAAGAAGGAGAUUCAAAAGAGUGUUUUCUACAGCAAGAAAUAUGAUCAUGGUUAUCUUUUUCUGCUGGGCACCAGCACUUGUCCUCAUUCUGUUGUCUAACCUGCUGAUCUGGACAAAUAUUCAACAAAGCAGCUUAUUUGGCCUUUAUGUAAUACAGGCUGCUUGUGUGUCCCUGCAAGGCUUCCUGAACAGCAUGGUUUAUGCCUGGAGACGGCCCAACUUCAGGGAGGCCGUUCUUGGGGAGAAUACACCGCUGGUGGCACGCAGCAGCCUGGCCUUCUUUGAGGAAUCACUGAGAAGCUCGUCUUGAUUUUUGACACUGAACAUAUUGAAAGACAUUGUUCUACUGCUGCACACUGGCCUGAGGAAGAAUUCACUGCAUGCCUGCCAUAAACGGCAUUUAUGAUGCAGGCACGCUUCAUGAUUUCAUGGCAAUCUAGACUGAAACAUAAUGUUAUCAUUGGUGGACUGAGUGUGAAAGGUAACUGAAGAAAAACAUAAAAGACACACAAACUCUUUAAAGAAGAACAGACUGAUGCAGUGCUUUUUGUUGCAGCCGCUGCUUUUUUUCAUGCACACAGCAAAAAGUCAUAACACAUGUAGCACAUGGAAGCAUAGUUUUUUUUAGCAUAAGUGGUGACAAAAAUGACCCCCCGUAUACAGUGUAGAGUUGUGGUCUCAGAUUAUAUUUGUUAUUAAUGUACUGUUUUAUCAAAAUUUUUGUCACAUAUAUUUAUAUUCUUUGAUAAAUCUUAUUGUUCAUCUUAUUGUUUUAUUAUUGACUUGUUGUGUAAUAGUCUCUCAGUACUCUGUAGUUAAGGACAAGAAUGAUGAAAAACCUGUCAGGGCUGUGCACUUUGCAGUCAUCAUUUCACCUGCAUUUCAGCAGCCACCUGUCACGGGUCAUGACAUAACCGUUCAGUCUAGGGAACAUUUAUGUGCUGAAACAGUGAGGAAUGCUGAGUCGCUACAGACAAGUGAAAGAACAGCAUUCUGCUUUGUCAUGCCUGUGCGCAACCACAUCUCUUUGCGUAUCUCAUAAAAAGUGACACGUGAUUAUGCAGCACACGAGGCGUCUGCUGUGUUGUGGUUCACACACAGGCACGAGCAAAGUUGAGUACACUUUCAUGUUAUAGUAUUCUGAACUCCGUGCUACAGCUCAUGUGUCUGUUUCUGAGUUGAACUCCGUGUUAAUGGUUGACAGACUACAGGUCAGGCUGCUGCUGCUUACAUAAAAGCUCACCUGACUCUUUAAUCUACUCUUUUUAUCAACUGAAACGUAAUCUCGAAGUUCAGUUGUGACUGUGCACAGUUCCUUUACAGUCACCUACACAUGGGACUCAUGCAUACAAUAAACCAUUGCAACAAGCCCGGAGCUGCACUGCGUAAUCAGACAGGAAUAAAAGAGACAAAGAUAUGAGACAAAGAUUUUUGUUGCAUUCUGCAGAGCUCAGUCUGUCUCCAUUGUGAAUUCAGUUGAGGAAAGAGUAACAAAAAGCUUUGUAUGAUGAUAAGCUGAGCUUUGUCACAGAUCCACAUUGUUAUAGAAAACCAUGCAGUCUGCAUCACCUGUACCAAAUGAACUAAUAUUAAUUUCCUCAGAGCGAUCUAUUAUCUGACGUGCUUCAGAUAUCCUGCCUAUUCAUGGAUAUGGUGAUAAAAAUAAUGACUACGUACUUCAGUGAAACUGAAAAAGCUGCCAUUCUCGGGGAAUAUAGAAUACCUGGGAAAGACAGAGAUUUUAUUGUUCUCGAUCCUUCCAGUAAUAAUUAUGAUAAUUGAGUGAUCCAUUGAGUGAUCCAUUGACACUGUUCAUCAGCUGUUUGGUCAUAUUUUCAUCAAGUCCAUGACAGGACUCACUGGCACAAACAACAGCCAUAAUGUAGCCAAGGCUGCAUGUUCAUGUGUUUGUCUGUGUGCAUGCAUAGCUGCUCCGUUAAUUAUCUGCCCAGUGACUUUUCUGAAUGUGGUGAAUGAAACCCAGAGACUUGCUGACUAAACCACAAGGCUGUGGCUUACAGAUGACUGCACCAGAGUUAUCUACACUGAUCCCAAAGCUGUGCACAUGUGAGGAAAGUAAAAAAUACAUUUGGGAGAUUUUUUUUUUUAAAAAAAGAAAAAAAGCUUCUAUGUUGUUUGAUAACAGUAUAUAAACAUUUUUCACAUAAGAACAUUUUUUUCAUCCUAACUGACUUUGGUCCCCCAGAUACAACAUGUUAAAGCCGUCUGUCGAAGUUGCUUUGUGCUUAUGAGUUUAAAAAAACCUCAGGUUUUCAUGGUCAUUACUGGCAUUCACACUGUUCCUUCUCUGAUUAAAUUUCUUUGCACUGGC